GACUGAUGUAUACAGGCCAAUCGAAAUCGGCACGAGGACGUGUCAAGCAGCUUGCUCGAGGAGGGGCGGUGGGGCGAGCCAGGGCAGGGUCGGCGAGCCAUGCCCGGGGAACCAAGAAACGAAAGAAGUAGCAUUUCAUGUUCAUUAUUGUUCUGGCAAUGUGCUUAUAAUGACUCUACCUGUUUGCCCUGACGAUGACAGGCAUACCCUUACCAUGGAUUGCAUCCUCGCAUUCAAUCUAAGUAGCAGUGCCAAUACUAAUGAUGACUGCUGCAAUGCCAUAUGCCAUAGCAUUUGCAAACAGAUGUGGUACUGGGUUAAAGCUAAUAUACAGGCAAAACACCGCUUGUGGGAGUCACUGCAGUUUUGCCCACUUCAACUAUUCAGAUCUCGAUGGAGUAAAUAUGUGAACGUGGAGGAUCGACAUGCUCAUGCAUGGCCACCAGUCCUGUGUGGUAGGAGAGUUACCUCGACAUCAAGCUUGAACUCGAUCGGGUCACAGUAUUUGUGUGACUGCGGUCGCCGACUCAAUUGCAACUUGCAACUUUGUACAUCACGACAGAAGAACAUGAAGCCCAAAGCUGAGUUCCAGUCUCUUGCUGAAGAACUUCAGUGUUUUAUUCUGACCUUCCUUCCUUACCGAGAUGUUCUUCGUUGUACAUCCGUGAGCUACAAUUUACAAAUCGAUGAUCCUGUCUUGGAUGGGACUUUAUACUGACGGUUGUCUUGCAGUUAUGUAAAGCCCUUCGCCAGACGUAUGUAUUAUCCUCCGACCUUCAGUAUAUCGUU